CUGUUUGUGAUUCUAGCUAGCUUUCUAUGGACAGCAACCCCGUGCGCGAGGCGAGCGCAGCAAGCAACGGCGAGAGCUGGGCAGCAGCUGGACCGCCGGCGAUGCAUGGUGAGGAGAAGAUGGGGAAGGUGAAGAAGGGAUGGCUGGCGGUGCGGGUCGACGAGGAUCAACGGCGGUUCGUGAUCCCCAUCGUCUACCUCUACCACCCGCUCUUCCGCCGGCUGCUGGAGGCGGCGAGGGACACGUACGGCUACCACUCGUCCGGUCCCCUCCAGCUGCCCUGCUCCGUCGACGAUUUCCUCCGUCUGCGCGCCCUCGUCGAGCGGGACACGCACUCGUCGUCGUCCUCCAGCCACCGCGUGCACGCCGGGCACUUGGCCCCUUGCACCCGCGCUAAAGUCACGUCGUGAUCUAUCAGGCGAGCUCGACUUUGGCGCGCAUGGCGACUGCGAGCACCGGAGGAGCGCGCAUGCCCUCACCUAGAUACUGCUUGUGGAGAGGAGAGGCUGGUAGGUGAUUAGUCGGGACUCUCGGGAUACUGUUUAUGAUUUUGGGCUUAUUUUUCUUCUGAAUUUUGCACAGUCGUGUGUACGAUUAACAACAGACAGAUAGAUGUAUAAUUAACAGUUGGAUUCACAGUCGCCA